UGUUUUACUCUUCGCCACCAGGUGGUGGAUCUCCACCACGCAGGCCUUAGAGGGGAGGACACAGUCCACAGAUGAGUUUGCCACAUCCUCCUGAAUGAAUAGUUAAACUGUGAGCUGGAGGUAGUCGGGGGAACAUUCAGCACUCCAUCCAGCCUGCGCUGCUGUGCCGCAUGCAGGGAUCAGGACGCAAGGAAAGCAGCGCAUGGAUGAUGGCACAGUGUGGCGGAGAUGAUGGUUCCCAUCUGCUUUGAGGACUUGAAGAGAGUUUAGGUGCCCAUGUUUGCACAGAAAGACAGCUUCCACCUUUAAAAGCUGGCAGCACUGAGGCUUGUGACUGCUUGUCCCUGAAGUAGGUUCCAGCCUUUCCUAUUUGUCACAUUUUGCCUCCCAGCAUGGGGUGCUCAUCAUCCAGUGCGCAGACCGUGGAACAGGAGAAAAGACCCGGCACAAAGCCUGAGGAGAGCAACGGAGACACAGUGGCAGUCAAAAAUGGCAUCAUCACAGAAGAUGUGCAAACCAUUGAGGACCAGAUGCUGCUCCCUGUGCAAACUGCCUUGCCAGAUGAUCUUAAAGCGGGACCUGAAGACGAGACAGAGGCCGUGUUGGUGGCCAUGGAGGCCCAGGAGGAUCUCGGCUCUGGGCAAGAUCUCUUAGCAUCUGCAGAGCCACAGUCAGAACCUGCAGCUAGUGAGGAGCUGGAACAACAGCCUGCCUCCUCUGCAGCAGGAGAAGAUUCUGCUGAGCCAGAAACGGCUGCAGCAGUAACUGAGGUAGCACCCCCAGUGGAGGAAGCACUCCCCGUAGAAACCCUACCAGAGGUAGUUGCUCCUGAAGCCAAAGCACUGGAGGCCACAGAGGAGACCCCUGAUGCUAAAUCUGAUGAAGCUGUUCAGACCGAUGUCCCUGCUUUAGCCGAGGAAGUAGCCAGUGUACCAGUUGCUGAAGCAGUGAUAGAGGUGCCGGCAGGGACCACCGAGGUUGUGAAAGAGGCUGCAGCUGAAGCAGCCUUAGAAGCACCAACUGGAGAUGCUGAACUUGUGCAGGCAGAGACCCCAACUGGCAACACCGCACCAGAGACCGUCUCAGAGACGGCAGAAGCAGGUGAAGCUUCAACAGCAGCCACGGUUUCAGUAGCCCACGAAGCAGCAGCACCGGCCGAACCCUCAGGACCCGCAGAUGCUGUCGAGCCUGUAAUAGACACAGCUAUCGCUGCAGCAAGUAUUCCAGAGAUGGCCCCAGUAACUCCUGCUACGGCUCAAGGCAAGCCUGAUUCUGCCGCUGAGGAGGAAACAGAGGUUUCCGCAGCCUCGGCUGUUACUGCUCCAUCAGCAGAGGCGUCCUCUCCUGCGGAGGUCCCAACGGCCCCUGAGCCAGCCGAGAUCUCUGAAGCUCCACCGGUCAGAGAGAGUCCAGAGUCCGGUACAGAGACUGGAGUCACAGCUGAAGUUCCUGAGGUGAAGCCAAUCAUGACACAAUCUGAAGCCCUUUCAGAUGCAGAACCUGCCACUGAGCCAGUUCCUGAACCUUCACCAGAAGCAGUGGCAUCUGGAAAUGAGGGCUCUAAGGACACAGCGGAUGAAAUAGCCAAAAAGGAGGACUGAGAUGAUCAGAGAUUCACCAAAAAACAAAGCUCCAAAGGGAAACGUGAAGACAAGAGGAGGGAAACAUGAAAGAAAAUCUAUUUGGUUUUUACUGUUUUUAUUUUUUAUUGUUUCAUAAACAGCAAACUGCACAACACAUUUAUGAUUAUUGAAUCUGCCUUAACAGACUUUCAGGACCGAUCAGGAUAGCCUAUGUGUUUAUUAGCCUUUACUACUGGGGAAAGGAGGAGUUUAUCUACGGGAACCAUAAGUGCCUGGAGCCACCUGUGUAGGUUUUUACACUGAGAAUGCAACAAAAACACAACGGUGACAUGGGAAGUGAGGGUGCAAUACUAUGCGAGAUCUGUGAACUCUAGUUAGCGAGGUCGGCAAGUCUGGGCUGGAAAUAUUUUAAAUGUAUGGAGGAUGCUUGCAGUAAAUCCUUCAUUACGAUUUUCUGAGGAAAACAAGCCAAAUCUGACUGUGAAUAAAAUAAUGCACAAAGUGACGAGGAUCCCAAACUGGAGGAGCGGAUUAUCAGUGUCUCACCGAGCAGAGCCGCAUCUAGAUAUGGGUCGGAAUGACAGUCCUUGGCAGCAUCACGCUACUAUCAAAGAUUUUAAACAAAAACGUCUAAUGUCAUCUAAAUGCUUGACUUUUUAACCUUCUGCAGCAGAUGACAUUAACAGUUUUCACUUUAUUCUCUGCCUUUUGCUUUUUAUAGAUGAACACAUGUUUAACAGGCUUAUAUUAGCUGGUUACGUAUUGUGGCUCUGGUAGAGCCAGCUGCAGCUGGCUGGAUAACAGACAUGCUCCUAGAUCGUAGUCUUGAUGUGGAAGAUGGAUGGAGCUGCUUCGGUUUCCAGGUCUGCUGAUGUUUGUUUGGGAUCAGAAGGACUUAAAACAGCCAAAUGUGUGUUUCUUGUAAGAACGGGAAGAGCAUCAGGACCUUCUUUGAGCCUGUUGACCUUCAGUGAGCAGAAACAUAUGGAGGAGGGCCACUGCAGUGUUUGUCCUAUACCAUUCCUGUCAGAAAUAACUUCAGUCACUAAUUAAAACCGUGUGGAGGGUGUGACGUACAGUGCUAGCAGUUUCAAAAGGUGCAUUUUUCAAACCCCUUGGCCUCAUUAAGUGAGCCAUGUGUAAUCACAACCAGCUUCAUAAGUCUAGAUAAAUUGGUUUUUACACACUGAACUGUGAUAUUUUGGGGGG